UAUCGAUGUUUACUUUGCUGGUAACAAGCAGAAACAAGCAUCAAUCACACACACAUCAAUUACUCGCAUAACUCGUCUCCAUUCCCACCAGGAGACGAAGGAUAUUACAUGGACAGUCAAAAAUAAGAUGUUUCUCUUUAUUAUAUCGGUCCUUAGUUGAAAUAAUACACACUUAAAUAUACAGAGGAUGAAGACAAGGUAGCCCUGUAAGCCUGACCUGACUACUGGCGACAUGGGGACCGCUGUACAGUGGGCCAAGUUCUGGCUUCUCCUCACCAUAAUAAGUAAUAUCUACAGUACAGGAGACAUAGCCGAGAAUGUCAUAGGUACAGAGGUAGAGUUUAGCGGUCUAGGAUCUGGAGAGAACUGGACAGAAAUCGAAGAAAACAACUACAUCAACUUAACAGCUCACACAAACGACCCAAACGUCAACAACAUCAAGUUAUCGCAGCAACAGAAUAAUUUAUCUGUGGACCUUUGUAAGUUUGGUCUAAAGACAACCUGUGAAGUGUCGGACUCAUCAAAUGCUACAUCACAUUGUAAGUGUUUAAACAACCACACAGUUCAGUUCUUGAAGAAGGCCAGUAGUUCUGACAGCGGAUUAUACACCUGGAAAUGGCGGGAUGGCAGGACUCCAGAUAAACAAAGACACAUCUUUAUUAAAGUAAAAGAAGUCAAAGGUACAGAGGUAGAGUUUGGCGGUCUAGAACCUGGACAGAACUCGACAGAAAUCGAAGAAAACAACUACAUCAACUUAACAGUUCACCUAAAUGGCCAAAAUAUUUUCCAGAUCAAGCUAUCGCAACCACAGAAUAAUUUAUCUGUGGACCUUUGUAAGUUUGCUCUCCAUCCAACCUGUGAAAUGUCGGACUCAUCAAACGCUUCAUCACAUUGUCAGUGUUUAAACAACAACACAGUUCAGUUCUUGAAGAAGGCCAGUACUUCUGACAGCGGAUUAUACACCUGGCAAUGGCGGCAUGGCAGGACUCCAGUAAGACAAAGAGACAUCUUUAUCACUGUGAUCAAAGCAAACAUUCCGACAGGGAGCCCCUCUGACGAUACAGCGAUGGCUACAACAACCACUAUAAUCAUUUGCGUGUCUGUGAGCGUAGUUGUCGUGGUUACUGCUGGUGUUGUCUUUUGCUUGCGAGGUAAGUCAGGCAGUGCGACUGUUUUCACAAUACCUGGAAACUGUCUAGCAGGUGUUAUUAUGAAUGACUAGAUGAAUGAACUAGAUGAAACCGAUUGAUGUCAUGUGAAUAACAACAGCUCUGAUCCCAUAAUAGCUAUCAUCGCGAGACAAUGAAUGGAGGGGGAUACAUUUAAGUACAGGAGAAGGGAAUGUUAAUUGAAAAUCUAAAUUUGAAAGAAGAUAUAUGGUAGGUCUGAAAGCAAAAUAUAUUUAAGAAUUAAAAUUCCUUACACAUGUCUGUAAACUUCAUUACAGCCCACGUUGUCACCUUUAUUGGCUCUCGUGCGACUCACAGUAUCAAUCCGGUUAGAAUAUCACAAGCACAGAUGUAGAUAAAGCGAUAUAAAAUAAACUAGAACUGUGGCUAUUAAUUUGUAAACUAAUCCGUGUUGUUAACCAUUACAAGCAGUCUAUUCUGGUUAAACUUUCUCAAUGUGACCGUACUUUUUAAACACUCGUAGAUCACUAAGUUUAUAGUUCGCUCAUCAACGCGAUGUUUGCUCGUGGAAGCUUGACUUUUGAUUGAAGAAGUACAGCUUUACCUUGGGGUAGUUUGAGUCGAAGAGGAGCAGCACUGGAUUUUGUCUCUGGAACAAAAGCAACAGUAAGAUACUGUCUACGACUGGUAUGAUGUAUGCAUUGAUGUCAGAAGGUAAGCAAUCAACUCGCAUGUUUUUGGUGAUCAAAAUAUACAUUACUUUCAGUUUUGUAUUUUGGUAGUUCUGCUAAGGAAUCUUGGAAAUGUUCUCAAUAAUCUGUCUAAUAACAAAUGCCUCAUUCCUUAUCACUCACAAGGUAACGCGCCGAAUCAGGUUUUUGCACUGGACAUUGAAAGAGGGUUGAUGGUCCAAAGCUGUAUCCUGCCUAUUUCUGCAAUAUAUCUCUAGCAGACAGCAGAAGGAUUUAAAUAUACAGAGGAUGAAGACUAGUAAGCUGUGUAAACCUGACCUGACUAGUUACUGGCGACAUGAGGACCACUGUGCUGUGGGCCAAGUGCUUGAUUCUUCUCAUCACAAUAAUCAAUGUCUACAGUACAGGAGAUGUAGCCCAUAAUGGUACUGAGGUAGAGUUUACCGGUCUAGGACCUGGAAACAAGUCGACAGAAAUCGAAGAAAAUAACUACAUCAACUUAACAGUUCGCUGCAACUACCAAAACGUUUUACACAUCAAGAUAUCGUAUCAGCACAAUAAUAUAGCACUGGACCUUUGUAAGUUUAGUCUAAAGACAGUGUGUGAUGCGUCGGACUCGUCAAAUGCUACAUCACAUUGUAAGUGUUUAAACAACAACACAGUUCAGUUCUUAAAGAAGGUGAAUAGUUCUGACAGCGGAUUAUACACCUGGAAAUGGCGGGAUGGCAAGAAUCUAGAUGAACAAAGAGACAUCUUUAUUAAUGUUAUAAAAGCCAAUACAAAAACAGGUAACAACUCUGAUGAUACAGCGUCGGCAACAACAACCACUACAACUGUGUGUGUCCUCUUGACAGUCGUUGUCAUGGUAACAGCUGGUGCGGUGUUCUGGAUGAGGAAUAAAGCUGAAUGUAGCAUAGGGGGUAAGGAUUGCGACCGAUACUACCGUUCGAGGAGUUCUGACCACGCGGUGGACAAUGAAGUCAACAGUCAGACUAUCAACACUGCAGUUAACCCUCAUUCAGCUGUCGUCAUAGAAUCUACAGCAAAUCCCAGCCUCGACCCCAACUACUCUGACGUUAUCGAUGCGAUCCAUCCUGAUGACCCAACGAUAACAUCAAAGAACAGGACAAGAGCCAGCCACUUGAAUCUUCCGAUUUUAAUUUGGAGAUCCCAUUCUAUGAAGAUUCUUCCUAUUUUGAUGAAUUUCAUGGAGAGAAGAGGUCAAAUGAUUCACCAAAUUCUAAUGUUAAACAGCAGGGCAGGGGUCAAUCAACUGACCCUUCCAAACCCAGUGUUAACAGUAAGAAACAGCCAACCUCUUGACCCUUACUACUCGGACAUCGAGGAACCCAGUAUGAGCCAUGAUUAUGAUAACAACAACACUAACGACACAGAACACGACGAGAGUCACAAUUAUGACCCCAAAUACACUGACGUCAAGAUAGAAGAAAACAGUAAAGCAGACGACCCCACCUAUGCACACGUUAAGAAGCGGAAAAUGAGACAUCCAGAUCAUUCUACUGAUGCUCAGGUCGAAACCGGAGACAUGAUCCCACACGAAGACCUCUUCUGCGAUGAAGUUAAAAAACAGAACGGAAGCCUGGCGGUUGACACAAUCUAUCCACACAAUGAAGGACAGGACACGGAGGAGGAAAGGGUUUAUAGUCCUAAAAACAAGCAGAAACCUUUCUCACCACAUAACACAACAUAUGUUCAGGGAAAAGAAGACACAACUGAGCGAGGCGACUUCUACAAUCACCUCCAUGAGAUACACCAACACGAUGACCCCAGUUACGAUCACAUCGAAACCAAAGAGACAGCUUGCUGACCUCACAUUCCAGCAAGUCAAGGGACAUAAUGAUCUCAGUUAUCCUAACUUUAACAAGGAGAACACGAGCCAGAAAGGUG